AUGGCUACGGCCUGUGGAAGCCUUCAACACAUAUUUGACAGGCCAUUACCAGAAAGUCCAACUCUACUUGAGCCCUUUUCUUCAUGGAAGCAGAUUAAAACCAUGAACCCAAUCCCAGAUUCUUCUUUUGCAGAGAUUUUUGGAGAAGUACAUUUCAAGGAGAAUGAAGUUGUUCAAUCUGUUGAGAUUGAAAGGCCACUUGACAACAAGGAUGACAGCAGCAAAAGCCCCACAUCAAGCUAUUGUCCAACGCCAAGCCACGAGAAACAUUACAAGCACAGUAAUAGCUUUUCUUCCGUGAAUUCGGAGAGUUUUUCAUUAUGCACGGAGGGUCUUGGAUUUGAAAGCUCUGACGAUGUGGAGGAUUUGGGAAAUGAAACUGGUUUCGACAUUCAGCAGGAGCACCAGCCCCCAGAGGAGAAAAUAUGCUUUUUUAAGGAAUCAAAAAGAUCAAGAACAAUUAAAGGGUCAUUUCCUCCACCAAUUUCUUGUAUAGGAAGGACAGGAAGGCCUUGGGUGUCUUUUAGAUCAUAUAGACAGGACGGCAGGUUUAUUCUUCAGGAGAUUAGAUUUCCGACUCAAGAGUUUCUGCAUGCAUGCAGAGAAGAUGGACGUUUGAGGUUGCAGCUUAUUCAAUCAGAUGAUGAAAUUCUUGAGGGUGAGGAGGAUGAGGAAGAUGAAGAGGAUUAUUAUGAUUCUGAGGAAGUAAACUUGGAAAACGAGGGUGAUGAUAGCGAUGAUGAGCAUGAGCACCGUUAG